AUGGAGCACGCCACACAGUCGAAACCAGACCGGAGGCCUUUCACAGGCGAUAAGGGGACCACGGUGGCAACCGCUCAAGCGAACACGAUAGAUGAUGAGUCGUCAGGGACAUCAGGAGCGUCGUUAGGAUCGAGGCAGGAUACCCGCGCGGAGGCAAAGGAGGUGAAUAAGCAGAGUUUGGAUUAUGUACUGCGGAGCGGGUAUGCAGGGGGUUUGGCGGGAUGUGCGGCGAAAACAGUGGUUGCGCCCUUGGACCGGGUAAAGAUCCUGUUCCAAGCAUCGAACCCCCAAUAUGCGAAAUACACCGGAAGCUGGUUUGGUCUUUCGGCGGCGAUGAAGGAUAUUUAUCGUUUUGAAGGAUCACGGGGUCUCUACAAGGGCCAUUCUGCGACACUGCUUCGUAUCUUCCCUUAUGCCGCUAUAAAGUUCCUCGCCUACGAACAGAUUCGUGCGAUUGUGAUCACAUCUCAAGAGCAAGAAACACCAUUCCGCCGGCUUAUUUCGGGGAGCUUGGCAGGGAUUACGUCUGUGUUUUUCACAUACCCGUUGGAAUUGAUUCGGGUACGAUUAGCCUUCGAGACAAAGAAGUCAUCCCGGUCAUCCCUGGGCGAUACCUUUAAACAGAUCUAUAACGAACGAAUAUCGACGCCUUCUACGCCAGGCAAACAGAAUGCGACAGUAUCUUCCGCACCGGUGGCGGCGACAGCACAGACGAUGUCUUCGACUGUGAACAAGGUGGUCCCGAGCUCUGGCCUGGCCAACUUCUACCGUGGAUUCUCGCCAACUAUGCUCGGAAUGCUGCCAUACGCAGGCAUGUCUUUCCUCACACACGACACGGUGGGCGACUGGCUUCGCCUACCAGGUGUCGCUCGUUACACCACAAUACCCGGAUCUGAAGGCAACACCAAGAAGGGCACCCGACGGCCGCAAUUAACAGCGGCUGCGGAGCUGUUCUCCGGUGCCAUUGCCGGUCUGGUAUCCCAGACGUCCUCAUAUCCUCUUGAGGUGAUUCGACGACGGAUGCAGGUCGGAGGUGCUGUGGGAGAUGGACGCCGACUGGGAAUUGCCGAGACGAUUCGCAAAAUUUGGAUGGAGAGCGGAUCUCGUGGAUUCUUUGUCGGGCUAACGAUUGGGUAUAUCAAGAUUGUGCCCAUGGUUGCCACGGGUUUCUUUGCUUAUGAACGAUUUAAGUGGUGGUUGGGAAUUUAA